UAUGCUUGCAAACUGGGGUUUGAUCUGACUUCAAAUGUGAGUCCAGGAGACUGCAGACUACACAAGCCUGAAUUUCAGGUCCCAGGACAGUUCAGGAAGUUUGCCUGACACGUGCUUAUGCUGUAAUUGCUUGUGCAGGAUAGCAGAGGGGUCACAGACCCCCACUGCAGCUGGCAGGGUCAGCAUCAUCGCCACCCAACACCCCAGCUGUGAGGAUUCGGCAGGACAGAGAAGCAUCUCUAAACGUCAGUUUAUCCCUCGGAACGCUGGAGCUAAUGAGAGAGCUUACUUAGAAAGUCUGUUGUGAGGAGUAAAGGAAUGUAUGAAAGAUAGCUAAUGUGUACAACAUGUGUUUCAGAGGACAGGGUUCUCCUCUCGGGUAACUGCAACAGUGAUGUCCACCUUCUCUUAUCCUAACUGGGCGUAUCCCCAAGAGCUCAGUCAGUCCUGCAGACAGCAAGCUCAGGAUCACCCCUGCUCCUCCGGCAUUAAGGGAUCAGAAAUUCUCUACCGGUCCCAAAACACCCAGGGAGGCUGGGUUGCAUUGUCUGCACCAUGUAAGGGAAUUCUUGGGGAGGUUUUCUCUGGAUAGAAGGAGGGCCCCAAGGGUCUCCAGGGGCACACAUGCCAGGAACAACUCUCUCACUGUCAGGCAGGCUGACAACAGCAUUCCCUGGGCGCUGAUGAGCCGAGGUCCGCAGGAGAGAGGAGCCUGUGGAGGUGGACGGCCCGGAAGCCGGGGGCCCUGGGAGUCCCUGCCCUGAACUUUGCUCCCCUGCCCUGCGCCCUCAAAAACCACACGCCUGCUUGCCCUCUGAUCACCGAACUUUCCCUUCCCUUGAGUCACUGUUUAGUUCUCAACCAUACAAUAGCUGACCCCACCCUCUUGCAAUCAGAAGGAAGUUGUUACCUGCCAACUAUAUAUAUAGUUCCAUCCCACCCAGAGACUUAUUUUGUUAGGCAUUUACAGGUUUCAAUAGUUCAGAGCCACUUGUAAAAACAGGCAGAUUACACCCACAAAUCUGACUCUCUAUUUCUCCUGGAAAGGGAAUAAAAGGCGAAACAAACAUUCAGACCUUUCUGCUGACGGAGUCUGACCUCCUUUGGCUGUUUUCCUUGGACGGGAGGCGCUGCAGGCCUUCUGUGCCCUCAGCAUCGUGAAGAGGGCCUGUGGGCUUGGCUUGCCAGGCAACCUCUUUUUUUUUUUCAUCCAGAAGAUCACUGGGCUGGCCACUUGCCCCCUGGGACUGGGCCGGUUCACAGGUCCUUGAAGUAGGCUUCGACACCAAAAAAACAGACUGUGAACCAGGAAGAAGAAACAUUCCAAGUCUUUUGAAUUAAAACUGAGAAUCCAUCUACAUCGAACUUCCAUAGAAAGGAAUCAUGAACAUCGAAGCAUAUUUUGAAAGAAUUGGUUAUAAGCACUCGAGGGACAAAUUGGACUUGGAAACAUUAACCGACAUUCUUCAGCACCAGAUCCGAGCCAUUCCCUUUGAGAACCUUAACAUCCACUGUGGGGACGCCAUGGAAUUGGACUUAGAGGCCAUUUUUGAUCAAAUUGUGAGGAGGAACCGGGGUGGGUGGUGUCUCCAAGUCAACCACCUCCUGUACUGGGCUCUGACCACGAUGGGUUUUGAGACCACCAUAUUGGGAGGGUAUGUUUUCAACACGUUCACCGACAAAUACAGCAAUGCCAUGAUUCACCUCCUGCUGAAGGUGACCAUCGACGGCCGGGACUACAUAGCCGAUGCUGGAUUUGGACGUUCUUAUCAGAUGUGGCAGCCACUGGAGUUAAUCUCUGGGAAGUACCAGCCCCAGACACCUUGCAUCUUCCGCUUGACCGAAGACAGAGGAACUUGGUACCUGGACCAAAUCAGAAGAGAGCAAUACAUCCCAAACCAAGAAUUUCAGGAUUCUGACCUCUUGGAAAAGAAUGAGCAUCGGAAAAUCUACUCGUUUACUCUUGAACCUCGAACAAUUAAAGACUUCGAGUCUGUGAACACAUACCUUCAAGAAUCUCCGGCAUCUGUGUUUACAAGCAAGUCAUUUUGCUCCUUGCAGACCCCAGAAGGUGUUCAUUGCUUAGUGGGUUUUACCCUCACCUACAGGAGAUUCAAUUAUAAGGACAACACAGAUUUGGUAGAGUUUAAGACACUGAAUGAGAAAGAAAUAGAAGAAAAUCUAAAAAACAUAUUUAAUAUUUCCUUGGAGAAAAAGCUUGUCCCCAAACAUGGUGAUAAAUUUUUUACCAUUUAGAGGAAGCAGUAAAAAUGGUCUCAUGAUUACUGCUAGUGCUGUGACUUUUUAAUCACAAAAAAUUUAAAUGUCAAUAAAAGUUGUUUUUGUUAUUGUU